CGCAUUGUUUGGUUAUGGAUGCAAUUUGUAUGUGUGUUGUUAAAAGUGUUGGUGUUGCGCUGUAGUGGAAAGAAUUUAUAGGAUUUUAUUAUUAUAUUUAUUUCCUCUCCUCUUACUUUGGUUUUAGGCAAUGACAGCCUACUUUUAUGUUUAUAUUACUUGCAAGUAGUUCAUUUUAAUAAUCGACAGAAGUAAGAAUUUUGUGCAUAAUUUCCUUUUAUGUUCACGUUAUUUGGUAAAAUAACAGUCCAGCAGAGUUUUGACUGAAUUGUUAGUGUGAUAUCAAAUAUGAAGAUUGCUGUUGAGGGUUGUGCUCAUGGAGAGAUGGAGAAAGUAUAUGAAGCCGUUCAACAUUUGGAAAAGAAAGAUGGAAUUAAAGUUGACCUUUUAAUCUGCUGUGGAGACUUCCAAGCAACAAGAAAUGAAGAAGAUUUAAGAUGCAUGGCAGUGCCACCUAAGUAUCAGAAAAUGUGUACUUUCUAUAAGUAUUACUCUGGGGAAAAAGUUGCUCCAGUUUUAACAAUUUUCAUAGGUGGAAAUCAUGAAGCAUCAAAUUAUCUACAAGAAUUGGCAUAUGGGGGAUGGGUUGCUCCCAGAAUAUACUACAUGGGCUAUGCUGGUAUUGUGAAUAUAGCAGGGGUCCGAAUAGGUGGUUUGUCAGGCAUCUACAAGGGCCAUGACUAUUGUAAAGGGCACUUUGAAAAGUCCCCAUAUACAGAAGAUACCAAAAGGAGCGUGUAUCAUGUCCGAAACUUGGAAACUUUCAGAUUAAAACAGGUUCGACAGCCUAUCGAUAUUUUCUUCUCCCAUGACUGGCCUCGAGGAAUUUAUAAUUAUGGGGAUACCAAUCAACUUCUACAAUUCAAACCUUUUUUCACUAAUGAAGUAAAGUGUAACACACUUGGUAGCAGGCCAUGUGAAGAGCUGUUGUAUCAUUUGAAGCCCACAUACUGGUUUGCUGCCCAUCUGCAUGUUAAAUUUGCAGCUCUUGUACCACAUUCUUCAGAUAAUGAAGAUACUAAUAAACAGACAACCAAAUUUUUGGCAUUGGAUAAAUGUUUGCCAAGAAGGAAAUUUUUACAGAUUGUUGAUAUACCACACGAUCCAACGAAAUCAAUUGAGCUUGAAUAUGAUUUGGAAUGGCUUACAAUACUUCAUUUUACAAAUCACCUUCUCAGUGUGAGAAAGACAAAUCAGUAUAUGCCUGGGCCAGGAAUGGAUGGCAGAUGGGACUUUGUGCCAACAAACGAGGAGAUGGAUUUUGUGCGACAAAAGUUUGGUAAUAAUUUUCUUGUCCCUGAAAACUUUACACAGACUGCAGUUCCAUUUGAACCGAAAAAUCAGAAUAAUUCUUCGUAUAGGAAUAGUUAUUCUUAUAGUGAUCAAGCUCCAGCAUGUAUAAAUGUACAGACAACAGCAUUUUGUGACAGGCUGAGUGUUGUUGAUCCGAUGGCAUUGCUGUUACAUUCUUCAAAAGAAUCAUCCUUUGAUUCUAACCAGAGCAAGAUGGCCUGCUGCAGUACACCACCAAAUUACCUGACACCAGAAUGCUCUGGCAAUGUCACACAAGUCUCUCUGGAUGACAGUUCCCACAUUGAUACGCUAAGUGACAGCAUGAAGUCAGAUUCCUUGAAAUGUUCCAUCUCUUCAAGUCCAUUGCAAAGGUGCUUACGUCUUGCCCUUCCAAGUCCCCAUUAUAGUGAUCUGGAUGAAUCCAUGAGAAGUUUUGGAGAUGAUGCAAACAGUUCCCCUGAUUGUUUACUGUUGUCACAUUCACUUCCAAGUCCAAAAGACAGUGAUGCUGAUGAACCAGUUUGCAGUGACACUGGAAACUCAUUUUCUAGUUCCUCAGAACUUACUUCAGGAGCAUCCAUCACAGGUUUUGAAGUAGUUGCAGAAACAAGCAUUUCAUCUUGUGACGAGCCUAAACUGAAAAGGUUCAAACGUCGUAAUCAAGCACUAUACUCCAGUGCAGAAGAUGAUGGUUGAUAGUGACAUGCUAUAGCAGAACUGUAUAAUCAGUAAGAAAAUUAAUAGGACAUACAAAUAUUAUGAUAUGAUUUUCGUAAAAUCAUGAACAUCGGUAAUAUUUUUUAUUUUGUCAACUUUAUUUUAAUGUUAACAGAAAUAUGUUUUAUAUAAUGGCCAUGCUGUAAUGAAAAGCAUGUAAUUUCUGUGAAAUAUAAACAUUUUAACUAUAUGCACAGAAAAUA